UACAGAUAAAAUUUAUACAAGUCAAGCCGGCAAUGCAGGCCAAGUCAAAUACUGAAUGACCGCCCUUUUGGGUUUAAGUCAAUGCAACAUAAUAUUACACAACUUACAACUAUAUCAUGGUCAGUAGCACCUACUCAAUUAAUUAACAACACAUCUAAUGAAAGAAUGAUUGGUCUUCUAAAAUAAUUCCAAUUAUUUUCAACCUAAUCACAUUGAAUACCUCUGAUUUUAUUUCAUUCCAAAUUACACCAGUCCAUAAAUUCACUUUUUCCCACCAGAAACAAAUAAAUCAGCUAUAAUUUCAGAUAUUACAUUCACACCCAUACAAGAUAUCACUGAUUUUUAGAAAUAAUCCAAGAUAUACCCCAAAAAAGGGGGAAAUAAAGAAAGUUGAAAAUUUCAUCAGAUUCCGCUAAUCACGAUAUUCCCAUUAACAAAGAUAUGGCUAUCAGAACAUUCUCAGCACAAGAGAGUUAUAGGGAAGGAGGGAUAGAACCAAGAAAGAAACUGAAAAAGGUGAGGUCAGUUAAGGUUGCAAACCUGGAUAGGUUGAGGUUAUCAAUGAGAAGGGAGAAAUCUCGGUUCAAUCGCGGUGUUGUAGCUUCAUCAGAUGAUGCUACUGUCACAUCAGGAUCAUCUUCUGCUGCCAUUUCUGGUACAUCGUCUCCAAAUUAUAUGAAGGCUACAACUAGCUAUAGUGCCAGAAUAGGGUCAGUGCAAGCAAAUUCAGGUAAUCUGCGGUCUAGUUCUGCUGGCCGCAGCGAUAAUAGAAGUUCAUCAGCAAAGUCUGCCUCGAAAUUGAGCAAGGUCUCAGUGCAAGAAUUCUCUGAUCCUGCAGGUGUAAAUAAAAUAAAAGCAGAGAAAAGCUUGAAGAGGGUGCCUAGUUUAAAGCAAUCCAAGAAGAUGUCUAGUAAAAAAUCAAUGAAAAUCCGGGCCAGAUAUUCACAAUUCCCAGAUGUUGGCAUCAUAUCAGAUGAAAUUCUGGACUUUAGCAUCCUGCGAAAUCAGAAUAACACAGACAUCAUUGAUGGAGGAAUGGAAAUUGACCCAGAAAGCCUAAAUGUCAUUGCUUCUCGUGGUCAGGAUAGCAUUGGCAAGACAGGAACAAAACAAAAGGGAAUCUUAGAACGGUCGACAUCGAGAAGGAUGAUAAGACUCAGGAGCAUAAAAUCGUCAAGGACAAGGCAGAGGCCACAAUCCAGACUCAGUAGUGGAGCAACAGAGCUAAUGUCAUAUGAAAGAGAAGUAUUCAGUGCAGAACCACAUUACAUGAAGGGCACCAGCUCUCAAGACAAAAGAAAGAAAUCUGACAAGGGUUUGACAAGAACAUCUAGCUUAAGGCCUCUAAGGAUCUUAGCAAAGAUUCCAAGCCUAAGACCUAAAAGGAGUAAAGUAAGGAAAAGGCCUCAGGUAACUCCACUGUCAGGAAAAGGUGUUGAUCGUGCCACCUGUUCGUCCACUCUAAAGAGAACCGAAGUCCCAGAUGAAAUUGAACUUCAUUCAAUGGGUCGAGAAUCAGAGGGAACUUCUUCUUUCCAUCUUUGCCCAUACAGCUAUUGCUCUAUUCAUGGUCACCACCACCAAACCCCCUCUCAACCUCUUAAAGAAUUCAUUUCUGCAAAAAGGAAACUGUUCAGUAACCAGAAAGGUGAGAAGUCAGACAGCAAGUCCAGGGGAGAAGUGGAACAUUACACAAUUUCCGCUGAAUCUGAUCAGUCAAGGCAGAUAGUAUCCGCUGAAAGUUAUGCACUUCAAGAAGUUAUGAAUGUCACAAAAAAGAAUGCUUUGGAAGCAGAAGAGGAUGGAAUAGAUUUUCUCAUUAAAAUCUAUGCCAAACCCAGGAAAAAGUGGGCUGCUGAAGGUACCCUGAGCAAUGAUGCUGAAACAUUAAAUGGUUCCACUUAUGACCAGAUCAGUGUUUGGGACUAUGACGGGAAACAAGCAGAAACACCCAGUGAGACAUCAGAACCUGAGGAAAUACAAAGAGCAAUGAAUGAUGUUCAGCAAGAAAAAUUUGAGAUCUUCAAAGCAUGCAAUGUUGACUCAAAUGAGAUAAUACUGCAGCAGCCUUUGGAAUUACCUGACAACGGUUCAAAAUCAGUGUCUGACCUUAAGGAACUCGAACCAAGUAUAUCAAAAGAAGAGCUUCAGGAUUCCUCCAAGGAUACGUACCAUUUGGCAAGUAGGGAAUCUGCAGCCAGUCCAGGCGGUGAUCUGAUCCACAUCCUUUCUGAUAAACAGAAGUAUACAAGCAUGUGGCAGCUGAUCCAUCAACAACUUCUUUCAAGUGAAGCAUCAAUGGACAAUGUCCAGGAAGUCAUUCAAGAAGAUGAAAAAGGAAGUGGAGACGGAAACACUAGCCAUGAAAUGAGUAGCUUGGAUCUAGAGCAGAGUAGAUACAACAACAAUCGCAAGGAAGAUGUCGAUGACCAAGUUGCAGUGACACAGAAGCUUGAAUUACACCAGACUGCAGCCAUAAAAUUGGUACAAGAAGCACUUGAUGCAAUAUUACAACAUGAUGCGGAGUCAUAUCAUCAGCAGUCAAAUCCAGUCCAAGAAAUGGCUUACAGUUCUGUCACAGAGGAAAUAUCAACCCCUACAGCCUCCAUUGAAGAAAAUUACAGAAAAGAUGGUGAAGUAGACGGAAGAGAGAUGGGUUUAGGAUCAGCAGAAAAGCAAAACAAAAUGAAGAAAAUGGGUAACAGAUUACUGCAAAAAGAACCAGAUGAAAAGGAGAUGUCAGGACGAAAAAUGUCCAAGAGUUUCAGCAGGCUCAAAAAAUUGUUUAUGACUGCAAAAUUCAUCAAGGCAAUGGAAAGACUGAAAAAGAUCAACCCACGCAAACCACAAUACUUAUCUGCAGAACCAACCUCAGAGAAUGAGAGGAUAUAUCUAAGGCAUCUAAGCAUGAAUGAAACAAAGAAUACAGAGGAAUGGAUGCUUGAUAAUGCGCUUAGACAAGUAAUAUCAAGGCUGGAUCCUGAUCAGCAAAGAAGAGUGGCCCGACUUGUUGAAGCAUAUGAAACAGUUACCCCAGAGCUGGAAGUGAACACCAACAGGCUUUAUCCCAUGACAAGUGUGCCUGCUCCUGGAAGCAAAGUGGCCAAUCCUUUGAUAGAUGAAGAGAAAAAUAGAUUUGUAGAAUCCAAGCAAGAUACUUCAGUAUCUGAUGAAAAGGUUUUGCAAAAGAAAGAUGAUGGAGUGCUGGUAUCUCAGAAAGAUGUUCCUGAGGAAAAAUGUUCAAGGGAAGAGAAAAAAUAUCAGGCAAACAUAACAGGUGAAAAAAUUCUGCAAGAUGCAGGUGUGACCAACGAUUUAGAUUCCACAUUUGUUGAUGGAGGUGUGGGUAUUGAAGAUCCUAUCAAUACACUCAAGGAUUCAUCCCAAUAUCCUACCGGAGAUUCUGAAGUCAGCCUGGUUGGUGAUAUGACCAGUAUUUUCUUCAACAAACAACAGUAUACUGGUAUGUGGAACCUGAUCUACCAACAUGCUGUAUCAAAUGAAGCAUCAGUUGAUGAGAAGCAAAGACUCAAUGGAUAUGACGAAGAAAACCAAAAUGAUACAAUCAACUGUCAACAAAUAACCGACAGAGACUCAAUCCCAAGUAGCUUCAGCAUGGAUCAAAAAGAAGAUGAAGAUAACAAAAGUACAGCUUCUGAAAUCCCUGAUGUUGAACAAUCAGCUGCCAUAAAGCUGGUAAAAGAAGCCCUUAAUGCAAUUUUAAAACGCUAUGAGCAGCCACCUCAAUUACAGCCCAUUCCAGACCAUCACACAGCUUCUGAUGAUGCUAGAGAUCUAUGCAAUUCAACCUCUACACCUUGUACAGAAGAAGAUUUCAAAGAAAGGGUAAAGAAUGCGGAAAAGCAUGCCGACACAGACCUAGAAGAUAAGAUGCAUCAUGUUGAAAAUAUACUCUCACCACAACAGCAAGUGGAAUCUGAUGAAUUGAAGGCGCCUCAGAGAAAAAUUUCCAACAGCUUAAGCAAGCUGAAAAAAGCAAUUGCAACUACCAGGUUCAUAAAAGCGAUGGAGAGGCUGACAAAGAGCAGUCUGCGUAGAUCACAAAAUCUGUAUUCAGAUACAAGAUCGGAGAAAGAAAGAAUUUAUCUGAGGCAUCGAAGCAUGGAUGGGAGGAAAAACGAUGAAGAAUGGAUGCUUGAUUAUGCACUUAGACAGGUAAUCUCCAAGAUGGAUCCUGAUCAGCAAAGAAGAGUGGCACUCAUCGUAAGAGCAUUUGAAACAGUGCACCCUGAACAGAGAGAGAAGAGCAUUAGAUGCUAUCCUACAACAGGUGAAGCUGUUGGUGACCAUGUAUUAGCCAGCUCCACAAAUGAAGUGAACGAAGGCUAUCUUGAGUCUCAACAGAAAAGAUUGAAAUCAAUUGAACCGAUUCCUCUCAUGCAAGAUAAUAGCAUCCUACUACCUUCCAGAGAAGCUUUGCAAGAAAAAAUACCUCGGGAGCAUCAUGCUCAACAGACAAGCUUAGCAGAUGACAUAUUUCUGCAAGAGACAAGUGAGGCUGCAUUAUCAAAAUCGACUUUAAAGUUGUCUGAAGAAAGCUCGCGAUUAAGUUCUAUGGUUGUCACACCUGAAGAACCAAAUAUCCGGGAUAAAGAAACUGGGAGAGCAUUUGAACAAUCUUCCCCGUUUCCAACUGCUGAUUCUGAGGUCAAACCUGAUGGAGAUAUGGCCAAUAUUCUCUUGGACAAACAAAAGUACACAAGUAUGUGGAACUUGAUACAUCAACAUGUCCUCUCAAAUGAAGCAGCAACGACUGGACAGCAGGAAGUCAAUGAGGUUGAUGAAGAGAAACAAGGUAAUGAUGCAACUACAUGGCAAGCAAUUAAUGAUCCAGAUUCAAUCCAGAGUAAUCAAUUGGAAAAAUCCAAGGUAGAUAAAGAUAAUCAUAGUGCAGCCUUUGAUCAGUCGGCUGCCAUUAAUCUGGUAAAGGAAGCAAUCAAUGCAAUACUACAAUGCCAUGAGCAGAAAUCUAACCAACAGUCCUGUCAAGAGCCUGGCAGAGCUGCUGAUAAUGCUAGAGAGCUUUGUGACACAACUGCUCUAGAUCCCACAAAAGAUAAUUCUGAAGAGAACAGAGUAGAAAAACACAGAAAUUCAGGGCCAGAAAAAAAGUUGCAUGAAGUAGAGAGCACACGUGCCCCACUCCAAAAGCAAGCAGAACCAUUUGAAGCAAUCAAAGACCAGAGGAAAAUGUCAAAAAGCUUAAGCAAGCUGAAAAAAGCUAUAGUUACUGCCAAAUUCAUCAAGGCAAUGGAAAGACUUAGAAAGAUCAACCCACGUAAACCACAGCAUCUGCCUCCAGAGGUGGCCUCAGAAGAAGAAAGAAUUUAUCUAAGGCAUUUAAGCAUCAAGGGAAGGAAAAAUGAUGAAGAAUGGAUGCUUGAUUAUGCACUUAGAAAGGUUCUUUGUAGCCUUGCUCCUGAUCAGCAGAGAAAAGUGGCAUCACUUGUAGAAGCAUUUGAAACAGUCCACCCAGAGCAAAAAAGCAUUAGAUAUCGAUCGAAAUCUGAGUGGGACAAUGAAACUGGAUCAGGAAGCACGACAGACCAAAAACGAAUUCCUAAGUCUAAGCAUAACAGUUCCAUGCCAAAUAAUGACACAAUUCCUCCAAUGCCAUAUGAUGAAUUAGAUAAGAUUGGUAAAGAUGCUACAUUUGAAAAAAGUGUGCAAGAUCAAGGCAUGAAGUUCUCAAACCAGAGGAUGAACUUAUCCCACAAAGUUAGUGAUUCAGAUGACAACAAUUUGCACAGUCACCAUCAAGUGAGCUCAACAGGAUCUGCAAUCAGUGACCCAUUGCGCAAAAAAAAAAGAGAAAAAAGAGAUGGGCGCAAAUCCCAUAUAUGAAGCAUUUCAACAAGCCAAUGAUCUUGAGCUGGAAUGCAAGGCUAACAAACACGAAGGCAUUUUAUAUGACAAGCAGAAGAACUCCAGUAUGUGGCAUCUGAUAUAUCAACAUGUC